GUCGUUUAUGACCUGCAGCAUAUAAAACCACCAAAGGAGCUUCGGUCUCUAGGCGACCCAGGAGAGCGUUCCUGUCGGACUGGUGGGUGGGUACAUUACAGGGAGUGAAGAUGCUGCCAUUGGAGCAUCUCCACCUAAAACACGUCUUGCAGACAGUGGGUGUCCUGGAGGCAGUCAUCCUUCGCAGUUUCGGCCCUGAAGGAGGACAGGUGCUGUUCACCAGAGACACAGGACAGGCGAUGUUGAGCCGCAGUGGGACACACAUUCUCAGAGCACUACACUUGGAGCAUCCACUGGCCAGGAUGGUGGUGGAGUGUGUCUGGAAGCACAGCACAGUAACAGGUGAUGGAUCCAAGACCUUUAUCUUGCUGCUGGCAUCACUACUACGAAAGAUUCACACAACAGCCAGCAGGGAGCCUCAUGUGUCUCAUUCUUAUAACUCCCUGGAAGCAGCAGAGGCUGCCACUGCCAGACACUUGGCUGACAAACUGCUAGCAUUUGCAUUGAAGGAGCUGGAUGAUCUCAUUGCCAUGGAAGUGGCCCCACAUGGACGCUGUGUUUCGUGGGAGGAUUUCACUGCAGAAAUGCAUUCACCAGCCAAUCACUAUGUGCAAAAACUGCUUGCAUCAUUUUUUCAUAUGCGUCUCGGUUACGUGCACUGUGCCUUUAUUAGUGAGCUCACAUGUGAACUGCUCAAUCACUGGAAGUGUAUCGAUAACCUGCCCUACUUUGCACUUCAAUUUUUAAAAGACAACUUCCCUGCAAUACAUACACCUGUAUCAGGCUUCCCUAUUACCUCUUCACGUUUGAUUGAGGGGCAGGUGAUUCACAGGGACUUUGCGACACCAUACCCUCAGACUGACCACCAGCCAAUUAAAGCUGUAGUAUUCACUGGGUAUUUGCAGCCAAGAUUGCUUAACACAGGAGAUGUGCUUGAGGUGGGUUGUGGAGGGACAGAGGAAAGAAGUAUUCUGGACUUCAGUGCAUGGACGGAAAGGUCACUACAGUGCUUAAUUGCAAACCUGCAGUCUUUGGGUGUCUCUGUGCUUCUGUCUGCAGUGAAACAGUCUGCUGCGGUCCUGGCCUUAGCCACACAGGCAGAGAUGUGCUUUGUUGACUGCGUCAGUGAAGAUGAGCUGUCUCUCUUUGCCCAGUUAAGUGGGGCCACACCAAUCUCAGACUGCUGGAGAAUUGAACCAGAGCACAUUGCUGAGCUGACUUUUUGUCGACCAAUACUGCUGGGACCCCACAGGUAUGUCCAUGUGGCUUUCCAUAAUUCAGAAGAAAGGGUGAAGGUCAAACCCUAUAGUCUCAUCAUUUGUGGCUCAGGGGAAGGGCAAACUGACCAGUAUGCAUGUGCAUUUCAAGAUGCCAUUCGCAUGCUAUUUACAACUUGGGAGCCCAUACCUGCGACUGGAACUACAGCAGCAAAGAGAACUGUUCAAUCGGACAAACGCACAUCUUCAUAUACACACGUUCUGACUGACAGCUCCACAUGCACAUCCUCCAAUUUAAAUCCUCUCCAUAAGUGUGUGUUACAACCAGGUUGCAUAAUGCCUGCUGGUGGGACAUUUGAAUUUCUCUUACACCAUGCCCUCCUGAAACUGAGCCACAGUUGCUCAGCUUCGAAUGACACAAAUAUAGGUGUCCCUGUUUCCCGACUUUUGGCCAGUGCUUUAUUGAGCGUCCCCAAACAAAUUUACUCUCACAGCCCAGGACAAUUCCUGCAGACUCGGACCAGGGUCAUGAGUUUUAUUACAAAUUGUUCCCACCCUUUCGACCUUGUCUGUAACCAAGAGCACAAUGCAAGCCCCAUACAGAGUGAAGGUCCUCUAGAGGAUGGCAUACUAAACUUGCAUUGUUGUAGGAAGAGUGACAUGCCUUCAAAAGUUUUUACACAGGAUUUGGGCCUUGAAUCGGUCUCCUGUAAAUACGAGCUGCUUCUGGCUGUGCUGCAGUGUGUCACAAGUCUCCUCCGGGUAGACACCAUUCUGCGUACACAUACUGCAUUACACACACAAUCACUGGCAGACACUUCCUGGGAAAGCACAGAGGACGAGGCUGAGAACUGACAUUGUGUUAUGUGCCAAUACAAAAGCCAUGAACCUAUUUUCUCUCACUACUUACUUACUUACUCAGGUACCACUCAAAAGUCACACAAAAAAGCUUGCACUUUCAUGUAGGUUGCUACAGAAAUUUUUGUGGCCACCGUUUUUUUGAAUUAUAUAUUUCUCCUAAUGCAAUAUAUUUAUAAUAUGAGGCUUUUGCGCUUCGACAGAAAUGAUAAAUUAUAUUUCAUGGGAGUAUUAUUGUGUCUUGCAUUUUAUGAGCCAAUAAAACAGUAAGGUGGUUCUGUACCAUCCUGUUCUGAAUCAAGGCAACUUUUGGCAAUAACAGUAAGAAAGAAAACAUAAAACAACCCUUCGUUACUCUCUGUACAGAGUGGAAUGUGCAGUUAUUAAACAAACCUUUAUCUGCUGUGUCUUAAUGUGCAGUGAGUAAGUGUU